AUGUUCUCCCCACUUCCUCCAGAGUCUUUGCCGGAUCUGCUGGCAGCUGUGAAGAUCUUAGCCAGCUCCCCAGUCGAGAUCGCAGCAGCUUCUGUUGGUGAGACGAGUCUGGUGACGGCUGUCCGACAAAUCGAAGGCGACGAAAAGGUACUGGAAUCCACGCAGGAGGUGCUGGUACCAGAAGCUCUGGAAGCAACACCAGAAUUGGCAGCUGUUGUAGAGAGUGAAGAGGAGCUAAAGUCUGCAGAGGCUGAGGAGGUGGCUGCAACAGAUGAAGCAUCGGCUCCAGCUGCUGAAGAAGCUGAAGCUGCUCCUGAAGAUGCUGCUCCGACAGAGGAAGCUCCUUCUGUUGCGGAGGUCACCAUCACUGCUGAAGCUGCUCCAGAAGCUGCUCCAGUGGAUGAGACAUCACCAGGUGAGGAGGCAUCUGCUGGUGAAACAUCAGCUGAGGAGGUCGCAGCUGGAGAACCAUCUGCAGAGGAGGCACCUGCUGGUGAAACAUCUGCAGAUGAGGUUGCAGCUGGUGAAAUUUCAGCUGAGGAGGCACCUGCUGAUGAAACACCAGCUGAGGAAGCAGCAGCCAGUGAAACACCAGUAGAGGAGGCAGCAGCCGGUGAAACACCAGCAGAGGAGGUGGCAGCUAGUGAAACAUCAGCUGAGGAGGCAGCAGCUGAAGCUCCAGCCGAGGAGACAGUUGAAGCUGUUGUAGACACGAGCCAGCUGGCAGCCGCCUCCACUGGUCCGGACCUGGAGGUUCUUUCAGCUGCUGAGCCAGAAUCUCCGGUGCACGAGGAGAACCACGGGGACGAUGUCGGUGGUGACAGCCCAGUCGUGACAGCGUGCCUUCCACAACACUCCUCCUAUCCGUCCAUGGAGCCAGGACGACGGAUGAAAAGCACAGGACAAGAGUGCCGCUGCUGCAACACCUUUCGUGGCCAGCUGAGGUUCAGUUAA